AUGGAUUGUCGUAGUACACCUACGCUCCAAUUGUCCGAUUCCGACAUUUCUAUAGGACAAACGCCUUACCGUUCUACUUCCUUUCCUCCUCUUCGUUUGUAUCGCGCGCUUAAAAUGGCAUCCUUGAAACAUCCGAAUCAACCUGAAACUAUAAAUCAUGAUGCAAAUGGUGCUAUAUCUAGUUAUCAACAUCAAAGAAGCAUGACAAACAACGAAGAUGGAGAAGAUGACUGGUAUCACAAAGAGAUAAACGAUAUUCUUGCUAAAAGACAAAUGUUUUUUAGUUCAAAUUGCAGAAAUAUAGAAACAUCUACUCAUUGUAAAGAGAGAAAUCAGUGUAUGAAGUGUUCUAAAGGUGGUCAGUUGUUAGUUUGCAGUUCAAAAUCUUGCUCAUUUGUGUUUCAUGAAAGUUGUUUGUUCUUCACUUCUGAUCCAAGUGGAAAGUUCUAUUGCCCUUUUUGUAAAUAUUCUCAAUUAAUCUCAAACUACAGAAUAAUUAAGAAAAAAGCUUCAUUAGCAAGAAAUGAUGUGGCUUCUUUCAAUGGUUUGGUGUUACCAAAAAUGCCACACGAGAGAUUGUAUUUGUCUGACCACAUUAAGCCAUGCACAAGAUUAGUUGUUCCACAAAGAAGAAGAAGAAGAAUCCCAGUCCCUUGGACAAAAUCAGAGGAAGAUACACUAAAGAAAUGGGUGGAAAAGUUUUUGGGAGAGAGUGAUGGAGGUUUUAUUCCAUGGAGGAUGAUCUUAGAACUUGGUGUUUCUGUAUUUCAAAAAAGUCGUACACCUGUUGACCUUAAAGAUAAGUGGAGAAACAUGCAAAAAGCAAGCAAAUGCUCAAUAUGA